CGUGUACAGUUGUAUCCUUAUCGUAAGUAGUAUAUAUCUAUAUACUUACUUAUGUUGAUCCGACUCGAUUCACCUGUCAUAAUCAGUAUACCGUCAGUCGGUUGCGUACAUUUUAUGCCGUUAUGUUUGUAGCGGCGUGUUUCAAGAAUUCUUGUAAAUCUCGAAUAAAAAUGUAAAAAUAACUAUAAUUUGUUAUAGCAUUUAUACAUAUCCAUAAUCUGGUCAUGUUAGCUUAGAGAUGUUAUUAAAUAAACAUUAAUUUCAUUGCUUUUUUUGUGAAUUUAUUCUUCUAUCUUUUGACAUUUGAUGGUUUAAUGCAUAUUUCAAAUAUUAAUUCAAAAUGUCGGACAUCGAAGAAGAUGAGUUUCAAGAUGCUCAGGAAUCUUUACCACAGCCUACUUCUAUGGAUUUGGAUACAGCAAUAAUGGAGGCAAAAAAAGCGAUACAUUAUUUUUUUAAUAAUGAUUUUGAAGAAGCAAGAAAAAUUAUGGAGCCAUGGGCAAGCAGUAGCAUGUAUCAUUCUUUAGGAACAAGUAUAUUUGCAUUCCUCGAGGCUAUUCUUACAUUUGAACAAAAAUACAUUGAAAAGGCAGCUGGAGCUGUAAAACAGUGCAUGACUGUGUGCUUGAAGCAACGUAAACAUGUAACAUUAACACAAAAUAUUGGCAAAAUGGUGAAGAAGACUAAUUAUGAUGCUUAUUCAAUUGACGAAGUGCAUGCAGAACUCUGUUAUGCUGAGUCACUUUUUUUAAAAUCAAUGCUCACGUUCGUGGAGGACGAAACUUUGGUCAGCUUUGUUAAAGCUGGAUUGAAAAUUCGUACCUGUUUUCUAUCAUAUAAAGAAUGUUUAACAAUUUUAAAUAAUCGCAAAUGGGAAAAUGAUGCUUAUAAAAUACAUUUUGAAAGUGGAGUUCGCACUGGUAUUGGUGCAUUUAAUUUGAUGAUCUCUCUAUUGCCAGCAAAAAUCAUUAAACUUUUAGAAUUUAUUGGAUUUUCGGGUGAUAAGGAAUAUGGUUUGUCAGAAUUAGAAGCAGGAUAUCAAGAAAGAAGGGGAUUACGACAUGUAUUGUGUGCAAUGUUUCUUUUAUCUUACAAUCUGCUGGUAUCGUUUGUUUUAAGUCAUACCGACGGUGAUCUAGACUGGUGUGAAAAAGUUUUGGAAGAAGAAUUGAGUCUUUAUCCAAAUGGCGUAUGGUUUUUAUUUUUUAAAGGAAGAUUAGAAUUAACGAGAGGGAAAUUUGAAAACUCUUUAGAAUGGUAUACUAAAUCUUGGAAAAGUCAAGAUUUAUGGCCUCAAUUUCAUCAUAUUUGUUUUUGGGAAUUAAUGUGGGCACAUUGUUCGCUCCAGCAAUGGAAUCAAGCUGCAAUGUUCGCCGGUCACUUAGCUGAAGAAUCACAUUGGUCACGUACAAUUUAUUUGUAUCAAAGAGCUGCGAUACUUAUGAUGCAAAAUCCAUCGGUACAAAGUGAAGAAAAACAAACGAUAGAUACUUUAAUGAUGCAAGCGCCUACUUUUAAACAACGUAUUGCGGGUAAAUCAUUACCAAUGGAAAAAUUUGUAAUAAAAAAAACUGAACGAUAUUUUGCUCAAAAGAAAAGCCUAGUACUUCCUAUAUUUGAACUUAUGUAUGUAUGGAAUUUGUUUCGCAUAGUAGGAAAACGACAAGAUUUAAUGUUAAACAUGUUUAAAGUAAUUGAAGAAGCUGAAAAAAAACUUGUGAAAACUUCGAAAACAGAAUUUCAUGCAGAUAAUGAAGCACUUUUAUCGCUUCUAAAAGGUGCUUGUUUGCGACAAUUGAAACAUCCUCUUUCAGCUGAAAAUUGUUUAAAACGCGUUCUCGAAUUGGAUAAACUAAUCAAGGAAGAUACUUAUUUACUUCCUUAUGCAACAGUAGAAUUAGCUUUGUUGGCACAAGAUCAAGGAAAUAUUCAACUCGCUCUUGGAUAUUUAGAGGAUGCUAAAAAAAAUUUUACUGGAUAUUUAUUGGAAUCUAGAUUACAAUUUAGGAUUCAUUCUGAUUUAAUGAAAUUGACUGGAAAGAAAGCAGAAGAUAUUUUAAUGUAAUAUAGUACCUGAAAAAUAAGUUUUUUGUAAGAAAUAAUUCAUUACUGUCAAUAGCAAUACUAUUGCUAUUGAUUUCAGGCACUAUCAAUUUUUGUUGAUAAUUUAUUUUUAUAUAAUAACUUAUUAUAUGAUCUUUAAUACUUUUUCUAGAACUAUUUGCUUCUACUGUUUAAAAUUACUCUAAAUUAUUUCUUUUUUUAUUGUAAAAAUAUUUAAAUAUUAUAAUUUUUACAUAAUGUAUACAUAUACUGUACAUUAUGAUGUGUAUAUUGCGAAAGAUUAUGGUAAAAAGGUUUAGGAAAAAAAUUAUUUUUUUAAUUUCAAUUAUUUGUAUUAUAAAAAAAAAAUGUAUAAUUGUAUAAUGCAUCAAUUUAAUCGGUGGUAGUAAAAUUAUCACAGUCGUUUAUGUUAAUAAGUUCACCAAUAUAUAUAUUAUAUUUAUAAUGAAUUAUAAUGUAUAGUGAAUUAUACAUUAUAUAUGAAAUAUGAAAAAGGGAUAUAAAAUGGAAAUAAAAAAUAAUUUAUGGCUGAUCAAACUA